AUGAAUCCAGGUUCCGCGCCAUCUGGCGGCCCUGCAACCCGUCCUCCUGGCGCUCCUCCUAUGAUCAGACGCAAGAAGCCUAUGUCUGAUCCCUUUUUCAAAGGCCCCAGGAGCAAGCCUGCUGCAACCAAGCCUCAACUGAACGGCCACUUGACUCCUCCCGUGAAUGUGAACCUGAACAUCAACGGCCAUCCACCUCCCAAGUCGCAACCCAUGAACGCACUUGCCCCACGCGCGUCCUCUCCGACUAUAGCAACUAUCCCAGAUCGCGAGCGCGUGAGCGGCUUCAGUGACCCUCGAGUUACGGCCGAAGGAAUAUCCUAUACAGACUACAAAUUGGUGACAACAAAGAGAGAUCUGCUCAAUGGCCUCAGGUAUCAUAUCCUCCAGCUGGCCGGCGACAAACCCAUAGAUAUUCGCAAUGAGUCCGAAUUUCCCAAGCCAGUUCGUCUGCAUCGACGCGAUCCUCGCGCCCCGCCCCCAGGACAACAGCAGGAAAAGAAGGAGGAGGAGCAAGUAGAACCAAAAGAUGGGCUCAACGCCGCAGAAAGAGAAGAGUUGAAUCGGCGGAAAGAAGUUCGACAGAAAGAGCGCGAGGCGAAUCUGGCGCAAAUCGCCCCGUCCCAAAAUACCGGCAAGAAAAUGAACUUCAAAAAGAAAACUCAACAAGUCUUCCGACCAGACUUCUCAGCCGAAGAGAAACGCCGGAUCCAGACCAACUACGAGGAGAAGCUGCCAUGGCAUCUCGAGGAUUUCGACAACAAGCAUUGCUUCAUUGGGCAUCAUCAAAUCGGCUCUGUGAGCUCCAAUGCCGCCUUUGUUUAUGAGCCGGCCGUGGAUGCUUCAACCGGCAAAUUUCGUCUCAUUCCCAUCGAAAAGGUUUAUCAGUUCAAGCCGAAACGAGAAAACCUGCAAAAGAUGACUAUCGAGGAAGUCGAAGCUGCGAUGAAAAAGGGAGGUUCUGACCCCGAAUGGCUGAUUCGCCACCGAGAAGCUCGCAUCCAGGAAGCCUUGAAAGAGCGCGCUGUCAGAGAAAGUAGGGCACUCUUUUCCGGGGCAGCACGGACGACAGUCGAUGCAGGAAGGACUGGCGAGGAAGCGGAUCUGGACUAUGAAGACGACUUUGCCGAUGAUGAGGAGGGUGAUCUCUUCGUGGACAAGGAUGAGGAUGAGAAGCUCGCCGAGAAGCGUAUCAAGGAGGAUCAGUUACAAGCCAACUUCCUCGAUUUCAAGGACCUGAAGGAGUAUGAUGAGGCGGAAGCCCGAGAAAAGCGCGAAGCUGAGGCCAGAAAGAAGAACUUCCGGGACUUGAGAAAGGCGCUGGAAAGGCGGGAGCGGAAUUACAAUCACGGUAGUGAUUCCGAAAAUGAAUCCUCAACCGACAGCGAGGAAGAACGAGAGCGAAUCGAACGUGAGCGUCUUGCCAACGUCAAGAAGGAAGAAGAGGCUGAGGCCAAGAAAUCGGCCCUGUCGUCCGGCGCAAACACUCCCUCGGGUCGAAAGGAGAAGAAAGGUUCUGACCGCGAAGAUGAAGGUGGCAUGAAGAAGUCAACAUCGACGCGCUCUUUGAAACGUCCUGGCUCGCCAAAUCUGUCUGAUGCCUCGGGUACGGACGUGUCUUCGCGGAAGAAGAAGCUCAAGUCGAAGCAUCUGCCCUCUAGUCAGCCGACGCCGGGCCAUUCGAGACCCAUGUCCCCUGUCAAUGUUCCGCCUAGCUCCUCUGCUCCGCAAACGUUGGAUCCUUUGGCGGCGCUGAAGGCACGAAAGCGAGCGGGUGCUGCCAGCCCUAUAGGAGCCGGAUCAGACACAGAUACCGACGCCGCUGCCAUGUCCGAUAGCAGUCGUGCUCAGCGACGCCUCAAGCUCAAAAUGUCGGCCUCUCCACCUCCCACUGGCGCGGCAGGGACAGCCUCACCACCAGCUCAACCAUCCUCGCGUGCAGCGUCCCCAACUCCUGUCUCUGCGGGAGGUAGCGUUCCUCGACCGGUAGCAUUUCCCUCGGCGCAAGACAUCAAGAAUGCGAUCCCACCCCAAGGUAUCACAGUCAAAGACCUUAUGAAGGUAGUGGCCCACCCCAAGGACAAACAGAAGGAGUUUGUGGCGCUGGUCAAGGAGGUGGCGAGUUACGACAAGGAACGGGGAGUGUUGUUGCCGAAAUAG